AUGGCUGGAUUUUUCAUGGGCGAGGAGAGCCAGGAGCGGUUGAGUCUACGGGUGACCCGGGUCUUGGUCAUUGUGAGCCACCUCGCGCAUCUUACCCUGGCCCAAUUAUCCGGGAUCCGUCGGCGUAGAGACUCCGGUGUGCGGAUGUCUCUGGUUUGGGUGGCGUACCACGUGACCGAGAUAAUCACGCCAAUCGCCCUCGGCAAGGUGUUUCUCGACACCGCGACCGCUGUUAGCGAGGAGCUGAUGUUUGCGUUCUGGGCGCCGUUUCUCCUGCUGCACCUUGGUCGCCCGGACAACAUCACCAGCUACGCCUUGGAGCACAAUGAGUUGUCGCCGACCCAAAAGGCUGUUCUCGUCCUUGAAAUCGGAGGAGCUAUCUAUGGCUCAUACAAGCAAAGAUUUAUGCGCGGCGACGCGGCUCUACGAGCCGCCUUCUUCAUCAUGCUCUUCUUGGGCUCCUAUAAGUACGUGGAGAGGGCAGUUGCGCUACGGCGAGCUUCCUUUGACAGCAUUCGUCGCUCAGCCGGGAGAAAGAAGUUACGGCGCUUCACAUUUGAGGACGAAGGCCGUAAGUGGGAUAAUGAUGACGCCCUGCUUGAUGCUCACGGCCUUGUCGGUGUCACCAUGGGUGCCUUCGCUGACUAUCAACUCAACCGCAGGAGGUAUGUCCCAUCUUAUUCUGGCUGGAAGGAUGUGAGCGAGGUGGUUGAGAUGGAGGCGUCGCUCAUGUACGACAUGUUGUACACCAAGGCAAGUGUGAUCCGCACGUGGGCCGGCUACAUCAUCCGUGUCCUCUCGCCGCCGGCAACUGCCACGGCGCUCUAUCUCUUCCACAGUAAGGAGGGCCAGGCCAUGGAGAGUGCAGAUCGGACAGUCACAUACACCUUGCUUGUUGGUACCCUGGUGUUGGAUGUGAGAUGGCUGCUGAGAGCACUAGGGUCCACCUGGACAUAUGCAUUCUUGGUAGAGCAAGGGGAAGGAAAAGAAUGGCUGCUUCCGGUUCGACGGACCUUCCCGGACAAUUUGCCACGUCAAGCUGCAAUGCAAUCAUGGUAUUGCGUCCGUCGCCUCCUCGUCUCUCUGGAUACGUCCCGUCUCUCACUGAGGAGCGGCCCAAGUGGCCAUAGGUUGUUGUCCGGCGUUGGGCAACACAAUUUGUUGCAAGAGUGUUGUACCUGUACUCCUCGCCCUCGGGGCCAACUGGAGAAACUGAUCUCUUCUUUCUUCACUGGACUUGGGAAGAAGAAGACCGAUGUCAAGGAUGAGUUGCUGGAAGCUGUGUGUACACAGGUACUGCUGGAAUCUCGCACACUCGUCGGGAUGCGUCCCAUAAGCGAACUCGAUGAUUAUAUGAGGUCUAAUGCCAGUAACUAUAGUUUUGAAAGUAACCUCAUCGCCCUGCACGUCGCCACGGAUAUUUUCCUCUUGUGCAAGCCGACUUCUAUAAAAAGUGAAGCAUCAGCCAAAUACGAGAAGCAGAUACGAGCAAUAUCAGAUUACAUGAUGUUCCUCCUCGCUGAACGCCAGCACAUGGUAUUGAAACAGGGUGACGAGGGUGUCCACUACAAAAAGGCCCGCCUCGAUUUGGAGGAGAUAUGGAGUGAAAGAGGAACCAGCAGUUCUCCAACAAUAAGAGAGACCAAGCAGCUCGCCAACAUCCUUCUAGAGAUGGAUGCCACUGAGGGCAGCUACAUGCUUGGAAGACCAAGUCAUCUUUAUGACAGAAACGAUACUCUCGGGAUUGGUGCUUACUGGGCCUUCAACCUGUUAGAUGAGCUAGAGCCGGGAAAUUAUGGACGACAUCCGAUGCAGGGCCAAUACAUUCACAAACUUGAAGAUUUCAUUCCCGCAUUCACCGAUGAGCAGGGAUUCCCAUGCCAAGCAGCUCAGCUGCGGCGGCGAGCUCUUAACCAUUGUCUGGCUGAUGAACAGACACAAGUACUUCUUUUACAAUCGAAUAAACUGACGAGCAUCGCAUCUUCUCUGCUUUGCUCUGCUUUUUAUGAAAUUUUUCAGUAG